AAUUAGCUUCAUUUUCAUAUUACAUUAGCAAAUUACAAAAACUAUCGGGCACUGCCACUUGGUUAUUUUCGAUCCUUCCCAGGCUCCGACUUCUUUGAUCGAAAGCUCGUCAGUUCUGAAUCCAUGGAAGCCCUUCCCACGGUUCACAACAGCCACCAAUCUCUCUGCUCUUCAUUUCACUACUCUUCCCCCUCCCCAACACAAUCCACCUGUUGUUCUCUCCUUCGCACACCACUUUCUCCGCCCUCCUCAUCAUCGCCUCCAUCUUCUUCUAUCAGAGCCUCUUCUUCCUCUCAUUCUAAUUCUUUACCGUCACCUCCUUCCUCCGAUCCUCCUCAACAAAAUUUCCAAUACUUAGUUCCCUCCCUCGCCACCGUAACUGCAGCAUCGGCGUUUUUGUUUCUAGGGUUUUGUCGAAACGGUUUCGUCAACAAGCCAGUAACACUAACUACCACGCUCUCCUCGAUCGAAACAAUUCCGGAAUCGUUGGAUUUGGAUGGCAAGAACUAUCUUGAUGAGAUCUUUGGUGGCAAGCCGUACCACGUUCAAUCCACUCUGCACUUGAAGCUGAAGGAGAGAAUCCCCGUUGUUCAUGGCUUCAACAAAGCAAAGACCGAUGACGACGAUGCCUGGCAAGUACUGAAGGCGCAUGUGUUUAGCUGCAGCGAGCAGUUGGAGAUAGUGAGGGUUGGAUUCGAGGAGAUAUUGGACAAUGAAAGGGAUUUAAGCAAGGCGAGUCAAGACUGUGUUCUUGAGUAUCUGGAGAAACUUGACAAGUACAUAGUGAUGUUGAAGGGUAUUAAGUUGGCCAUGGAGAAGUGUGAGAGGGAGAAUGGAAAUGUUAAGUAUUAUCUUAGGUUGUGGAGCAAGCUCGUUGAGGAAAUUAGGGUCUUCGAGGGAAACAUGGUUGGUGCUUUGAAGCAGCUCAAGGAACUUGAGCAAGAGUAAGAACAAUUUCCUCCAAGGCUCAUAGCUAUUUACCCUUUGUGGCUUUGUCUCCUAUUUCAAAUGCAAAGUAUUGGUUUAUUAAAUAUUAACUAUUGUAAUUAGAAGCACUAAGCCUCUAGGACUCGUCUUGAGGGAUUUGGAUAGUACGCAUGAGUAUCUAGGUUGAAAUUUCAUAGCCAUAGUGUAACCAAAAAAAGAAUUAGAAGCUCUUUGAGCAAGCAUGGGCAAGCAUAUAUGUGCGUAUAUAUAUAGUUAAGAACUGAAUUGAUGUACCAGUAAUUUGAUCCUAGAGGUUUUAUAAUGCAGUAUCUUGGUGGUUAUAAUAUGCCUUAUUACUUUUGCUUUGAGUUUAAUUUUGCUUGGAUUGUUAAGUUAGUUAAUUCAGGCAUAGGCUUUUGAGAACUUAGCUUUGCCAUAGUUGAUGAGUUUUGCCAAUUAUGCAUUUCUUGAAAUUGGUAUGCCUUUAUAGAUUCUAAAUAAUUUGCUCCAUGUUUCUGAUUUUUACAUUUUGAGGAGUGUAUGAAGCAGAUUACUCAUUGUUAU